UGUUUUAAUGAGCCGAGGUUCUCCUCACAAUGACAUUAUUUAUGCUAAUCAAGUAGAGAUGUCACUUCCGCCCCUUUUAUUUGCGCCAUUUUGGAUAGGGCAGCUUCUAGUGCUGGAUGAGUAUUGUCUGUCAGAGUCACAGAGAAGAAUGGGACCGAACCGUGUCGGCUGCCAGGCGAGCCGAGGACCAGGACUAGGACUUUAGAGGAGUCUGGUUUGACAGAGCGGGUUGUCCCCCAACAGUAGGACAUGUGUCCGCCGCCCUCACCUCACCGCUCCGGAGAACGGACGGGUUAAUAGUCUGAUGAGGCUCCGAGGCGCUCUGCUCCAGUGUGCCGACCAGAGGAGAGAGGAGAGCCGCGUCAGGAGAGGGAGAGGCGGGCUUGGAGGGUAGACCGACUACCCCGGGGGUGGCUGCUUCUGUGCUUCUCUGGUUCUCCACGAAGAUAGCUGUCACCUGAAAGGAUAUUACCGUGGAAGAGUCCACACACUCGGUCCUCCGGAGGUGACACAUUUCAGUCAGCCGGGAGCUGUGGAUGUGAAAGCAGAUGUCUCCAGAAGCUCCUCAGUAAACAUCUGCACGUUGAAGGAGCGAGGUGUGAACCAGGACAUAGGUAGUCCUCCUGUCCCCUGUGGAGGACUGAGGGAGCAGGAGGAGAUCUGUGGCUGAAGGUGGGCAGAAUGUUCCAGCUCCCUGUCAAUAACCUGGGCAGUCUGCGGAAAGCGAGGAAAAAUGUCAAGAGGGUCCUGGGAGACAUCGGCUUGGAGUUCUGCAGAGAUCACCUAGAGGACUAUAAAGACUACACUCCUCCAGAGGUGUACAUAAAGCACACUAACUGGGACGAUGUGUGCAUGUGGGAACCAUCACAUACCAAAGUCCAGGACUACAGAUCCAAGCCCUUCUGCUGCACUGGCUGCCUCUUUUCAUCCAAGUACUUCUCUGCAUACAAGAGCCAUUUCCGCAACGUCCACAGCGAGGAUUUUGAGAACAACAUUCUGCUCAACUGCCCCUACUGCACUUACAAUGGUAACAAGAAGACUCUGGAAACGCACAUCAAACUGUUCCACAUGCCUAACAGCACUGUGCGGCAGGGCCCCGGUGGAAUGGUGGUGGGAGCUGGUGGGAUCAUGAUGAAGGACGGGGUGCUUAAAAGGACCGGGGACAGUGUGGAACAGGCGGUGUACUACUGCAAGAAGUGCACCUACAGGGACCCUUUGUACAAUGUUGUGCGAAAGCACAUCUACAGGGAACACUUCCAGCAAGUGGCCCAGCCCUAUAUAGUGAAACCAGGAGACAAGACAAAUGCUCAGAAUGGUGCCACAGAGGGUCACAACACAAACACUGUUAACAGUAACCAGAUUCACUGCAAGAAGUGUCUGUUUGUUCCAAGGACCUAUGAGGCACUUGUCCAACACGUCAUUGAGGACCACGAGAGGAUUGGCUACCAGGUGACUGCCAUGAUUGGGCAUACCAGUGUGAUCGUCCCCCGUCCCAAACCCAUCAUCAUGAUCCCCCCCAAAACCCAGGGAGACAAGACCAUCAUUGGGAUGGGCCCUAAAGGUGCAGUGAUGGCCACGACCAGGUCUCCUGGCUCCCAGCAGCUGGGUCGUGUUAUCAUCGCAUCAAAGACGGGCUUCAGCGCUCAGAGUCUUCUCUCUGGGAUGAAACAUGAUGGAGUGAGGUUAAAGGCCGGGGCCACCCAGUCCUUCUCUAUUGGCAGCCAGCAGGUGAGGGUUACUCUGCCGGGGAACGCCCAGGUUUCUGUCCCCCAGCAGUCACAUGCAGCAAAGCAGCUUAUUUCUGGCGGCAGCUUGCGGAGUCCAAUUGUGGUUAGUGCCUCUUCCUCACUCAAAUCCAACCCUCUGGGUUCACGUGUCCAGGCGGCAGCUACUACUGUAGCCUCUGUCACGGCCAAGAAAGGUGGCUCCUCAGUCCUCGGCACAUCCUACACCCAGAAGUGGAAAAUCUGCACCAUCUGCAACGAGCUCUUCCCAGAGAACGUGUACAGUUCUCAUUUUGAGAAGGAGCACAAAGCGGAGAAGGUGCCCGCUGUCGCCAACUACAUCAUGAAGAUCCACAACUUCACCAGCAAGUGUCUCUACUGCAACCGCUAUCUCCCCAGUGACACGUUGUUGAACCACAUGUUGAUCCACGGCCUGUCGUGCCCACACUGCCGUGCAACCUUCAAUGAUGUUGAGAAGAUGGUGGCCCACAUGCGGCUGUCGCACCCCGAUGAGAGCGUCGGCCCACGCACAGAUUCUCCCUUGACCUUUGACCUCACUUUGCAGCAGGGCAAUCCCAAGAAUGUUCAGUUGAUUGUCACUACUUACAACAUGAGAGACGCCCCUGAGGAGUCGGUGGCGUUUCAUGCUCAGAACAACAACACCUCUGUGACAUCUGCCUUGUCUGCCUCUCUAAUAUCAGGCAAGAGGCUAUUGCCUCAGCACCCGCCCAAAACACCGUCAGGGGCUGCUGACGGUGCACCAGCCAAGAGUGCUCCACAGGCAUCGGUGCCCUACAAGAGGGAUGUGGGCAAGACCCUGUGUCCUCUUUGCUUCUCUAUCCUCAAGGGCCCAAUCUCAGACUCACUGGCCCACCACCUGAGAGAGCGGCACCAGGUUAUCCAGACUGUCCACCCCGUAGAAAAAAAACUGACCUACAAGUGUAUUCACUGCUUGGGGGUUUAUACUAGUAACAUGACUGCCUCCACCAUCACUCUACACUUGGUGCACUGUCGAGGUGUAGGGAAAUCCCAAAAUGGGCAGGACAGCCGGGCAGCUCACUCUCGGGUGAGCCAGGCCCCGAGCAGCGCUCUAAAACGGACCAGCUUUGACAGCUCUGACACUAGUGCGCCAAAACGAAGGAGGCCCCCUGGGGAAAGGGCCAACCCACGGGACAUCAAUGGUCCAUCUGCAUUUGUAGAAAAUCCUGAUGAACCUGUAGUUCUGGCUCUUGACCCCAAAGGACACGAAAACGAGUCAUACGAAUCCAGGAAGGCAUUUCUAACGCAGUAUUUUAAUCAAGCGCCGUAUCCCACACGCCGGGAGGUGGAGAAGCUGGCAGCCAGUCUAUGGCUGUGGAAGUCGGACAUCUCCAGCCACUUUGGCAACAAAAGAAGGAAAUGCGUACAGGAUUGCGAAGCCCAGAAUGCCAGCGUGUUGCUCGGGUUCAGUAUGCACGAGCUCAGCAAAGUGAGUCACGAGUUGGCGUUCGCCCAGGAUGGCGUGUACGAGGGCAGACACAGCAAGAGGCGGACAUCUAGGACACAUAUAGGGGUGUCGGAGCAGGCUCUCCGGAAACAUAGAGAGCUAGCUGCUAAUGGCGGUGUGGCUCCUCCACGGAAGGGAAAGACAACUGGGACUGUGGAAUCUACUAAAGCAACGCCAUCUGCCCCCAAACCCAACAGUGCCAGCAGAGACCAAACCAAGACAAUCAACAGCACCUUACCACAGAAAAUACCUCUGGACCUCUCGGAGCCCAUCGCCAUCGACUCUGACAGUGAUGAGGAAGAGCAGCAGAAGGACAACAAGGAGUGCGAGGGAGAGGUACAUCUCCAUGGUAACAAACUGCUUACUGGAGCUAUGGAGAGAAGGGAGCCGGGGACAGAGACCAAGAUAGUUUCAGAUCUAGACGACAUGUCAGACGAAGAUGACGAUGAGGAUGAUGAGGACGACGACGACGAUGAUGAUGAUGACGAUGAAGACGAAGAGGCACAUGUAGAGAAUGGCUUCGGGCCCACAGAGGGCUCAGGAAGACCGGCUGCUAAAGGAAGAGACCCUCUGCCCAUCAUUAUUCCCAAGUUUGUACCAUCAUCUGCCAGAAGCAGGAGAGACGGGGCCCAGCUGGGCCAACAGCAGGUCUGACUGAUGGAGACACUUUAGAUUUGAUCCACGCCAACAAAUCUGCCUCGCCUGGACUGAAGGACACCGCCCAGGUACUCUGGGUAUCUGUGAAGGAGGGAACUCUACUAAAACAAGCCAUCCAAUGACUUUUAAAGGCAGGACUCAACGAGCAGCUAGGACUGAUGUAAAGAUUUGUGAACAAAGUUUUAAUGUUUCUUCCCCGAUUGGGAGGGGAGGAGCAAAGACGACAGAGAAGUCACACCAAACAAAUAGAAAGUUUUUUGCCUUCUAUAUACUUUAUUACAUUGAGAUAAGGAGUUCUUAACGUUGCUUUAGCCACUGAACUUUAAGUGUGGCUUAAAAUACUGAGUUGUUGUGAGGUAAAGCUUUUAAGCUGACGAGAUAAUCCAUCAUUUUUCACGUAGUUCUACUGAGAUGGGUAGUGUACAUUUGUACAGUCUUUUAGACAUGUUUGGAUACAUGUUGCCGUACAUGUUCCCCUAAAUAUUUGCUAUUACCUGUGUGUAAGGUAGCCUCAUAUGUUCUACAUUGGUAUGCUUAAUGAUAGUUGUCGCUUUGGUGGCUGGUAUUUUCUCGUACGUUUAAGUUUAUUUUUUAACAAAAACCUAGUUUUUUUGCAAAAUAAUAUAUCUAUAUAUAAAUGAAAUAACAGAACUGAUUUUGUUUUUGCUUUAAACUUGAUUAGAUUUUAUUUUUUUAAUUUCCUUUUUUUUUUUGUAUGAUUUCUGUUCUCAUUCUCUCUGUUUAAAGGAGCAUUUCAUCAACCUUCUGCAGCCUUAUGCUCAUUAGCCUUGACUGUACUCUACUUUCUAUUUUCACUAUUUUAACUUGAUGAUGUUUCUUUGACCCCACAAGACUGGACAGUAACCACCAUACUGACUUCCACAAUAGUGAAAGCAAUUUUGUUUCCCAAAAAAGAGAGUUGUGUUCAAUUUGUGUUCUUUGAAAAUGUGUGUAUUUGUUUUAUGUUUUCAUUUUUCACUUAAGCAUUUAUGAACAAUAAAGUGCUGUAAUUGUGCUUCUCACAGAA